AUGUCCUACAUCAGACCAUUAAAUUGCCACUACUUCUAUUUGUUGUCGAUCUUGAGCCCACUGGCCACUCAAACGACAUCUUUGAACUCUCUUCUUUUCUCUAUACAAAGAUCAAAGCCCUACAAACCUAAAGUUAUAAGCCAAUGCCUGAAAUGCCAAGAUGUCCACACAAGAGUUUACUGCGGAUAUCCUUUUCGCUGUGUCCACUGUAGUGUAUUCCAUCCAUCCACCGAAUGCACCGAACCACGUAACUUAGCAGCCAAAUGUGCUUUAUGUUCCUGUGACUACCCAGCCGACUACAGAGGUUGCAGUGUCUACAGACAAUUGGAACGUCGUAAAACACCAACCACAAAAAGUAACUUCUUGCACGAUAAUAUUAAGGACAACUUAAACAAUUAUAAUGUAAAAGCAAACCACCCAUUACUAACUUCACCUGGAAAAAAUUCAGAUGUCCCCUCUAAAACUUAUGCCCAGGCUACUUCUAGUCAACCAUCGCAAUCCUCUCCUCCAACUCCCCCUACUGACCUAACAGCAACCAUAUCUUCGUGGACGAACUCAAGUCACUCAUCAAUCCGCUGA